AAUAUAAAUAUAUCCUCACUAAAUUUUGUCCACCACCACAUUUCACUUGUCCAAAUAUGUCUAAGUCUCUGCUCACUCUUCUUCCUCUCUUAGCUCUUCUUCUUCUACUUACACUAACACUCUUUUCUUUCAAUUUCCACCCCACAUUUUUAGAAAAUUCCACUAAAACCCCAAAAAAACUCCAUGUCUACAAACACGCCCAGGUCAUCGCCGAAUCGACAUGCGACGGCACAUUGUACCCGGGACUCUGCGUCUCCACCGUCGCCGCCUUCCCGGAACUCCGGCAAAAAACGCUGCCGGAGAUCAUCGCCGGCACCAUCAACGUCACCAUGAAGGAGGUGAGAGACUCCGCCACCAACUGCAGCGGACUCCGCCGCAAGCUACUGAAGAAGCUCGACCCUCGAGAUUUGAUCGCACUCGACGACUGCCUCGAGCUCUUCGCCGACACCGUCGCCGAGCUGAAGAAGACUCUCUCCGAUCUAUCGUCGGGGAGCCCGCCGGAGAAGUACUACGACGAUCUGCAGACGCUCCUCAGCGGCGCCAUGACGAAUCAGUACACCUGCCUCGACGGAUUCGCGUACAGCAGGAACAACACGCGCCGCCUCAUCGAGGGACGCCAAGAGAUCUCCCGCCACUUCAGCAACUCUUUAGCUAUGGUCAAGAAAUUGAAGAAGAAAAGCCAGAAGAAAAAGAAACUUAUUCUGUCG